CCCGCCUCCGCGGCAUGAAUGAGAGGCGCGGCGCCCGCCCCUCCCCCGCCGGGCCCGCCCCUCGCCGGGGCCGAAGCUAUCAGUCGCCACCGCCAGCUCAGCGGCUCGGACUCGCGGACGCGGCUUGCUAGCAGUACGCUGCCCGAAAGCUGCCGCCGGGCGCCGCAGCCCUCACGCCUGCUGCCCACCGCCCGGGAUAGAGAUGUCAAUUGGGCCAAUGAGAUGACUUAGCAGAUAAAGGCACUUGCCACCAAGACUUGAAAACAUCCCAGAACCCACAAGUUCAUCCAUGAGCUCAGAUUUCCCACAUUACAACUUCAGGAUGCCUAAUAUUGGAUUCCAGAAUCUGCCUCUCAACAUAUAUAUUGUGGUUUUUGGCACUGCUGUAUUUGUCUUCAUUCUUAGCUUGCUCUUCUGUUGCUACUUGAUUAGGCUAAGACAUCAAGCACACAAAGAAUUUUAUGCCUACAAACAGGUUAUAUUAAAAGAAAAAGUAAAAGAACUGAAUUUACAUGAGCUCUGUGCUGUGUGUCUAGAAGACUUCAAGCCUCGAGAUGAACUGGGGAUUUGUCCAUGUAAGCAUGCCUUCCACAGAAAGUGCCUUGUUAAGUGGCUGGAAGUCCGGAAAGUAUGUCCCCUGUGCAACAUGCCGGUGCUGCAGCUGGCCCAGUUGCAUAGUAAACAGGACCGAGGUCCCCCUCAAGAGCCGCUCCCUGGGGCAGAGAACAUUGUAUAGCUUGCUGCAAGAAUCAGACUUGCUGGAUGCAUCCGUGUGGAGCCAGGAGGAAUACAGCAAACUUUGUUUGGGCUGCUCUCUGCCUGGGGCACCCACUGUCUCUUCCUUUGCUUCAUGAAGAACUCCUGAGCCAGGCAAGCUGAGACCCCAGGCAUCUGGAUCUUGUGACAACCAAAGCCCUCUGACAUCAUCCUAGGCCAAGAGGAGUGGAUAAGCCUGCAGGUUUGGUUUCAGAAAUUCCCUGAGUAUCUCUUGCUGUCUCCCAGGCACCUCCACAUCAACCAGAAGGGAAGAUAACAUGGAUGUUAGAGAAAUGAACUGAGAAUGAGACUUUAAUGCCACACCCACCUGUGGACCUAUAAGCUGCUGUAUAGACCUCACCUGCCUCUGUUGCCACAAACCCUCUUGGCAUCCUGAAUGGUGAAACCAGCUGCUCCAUCAGCUGAAGCACAACUGGCUGCCAGUGUUUGGUGAGGUAGCCCCUGCAAGGCUCUUCGGGUUCUAUGCCUUUACUAAGGCCUUCUUGGAACCUGAAGACUAUGGGAGCAGCAGCAGCAGAACCUCUCGCCAUACACACACUGGUUCACACUUGCUGUCAAAUCUUCCAAGUUGAAGCCAUUAGACACUUGGAAAGGCCUGGUCAGGAACCAUUCCUCUUCUGUUUUCCUUCCUAGUCAGCAGUAAGACCCAGCAGGAGCUUGACCCUGAACCUCCACUGUCUUGUGUAACCCAGGAGCCAGGGUACUGCUUAAUACCCCACAAACGCAGUAUGAUUCCAUUUCAGCUGCUGGCCUCAGUCGGCUCCAAAGAGGAGCUCCUUUCUCAGCAACGCCGGUCCUUACCCACCUGGAUGACCGGGGCGCUGACACUUUGCUUUUUUCCUUCUUUCUCUCCCCUCCUCUCUUCUGCUCCUUUUCUACAUAAGAAAAACGGUCUUACUGAAUUUUUAAACAUUUAUCCCAAAUAAGCUCUCCUGUAAUUCUGAAGCGUGAAGCCAGUGAGCCACUUGGAGUUGUAAAUAGUUUGAGGAAACUCCUGCAUGGCUGACCUUCUGUUGGUGUGUACCUCAGUUAUUUGGACUUGGUAUCCCUAACUGAAGGUGUUUUUAUAUGAGAAAUGCAUGCUGCUCUUUGGCUUUUCUGUCCAACUUUUCCAGAGAUAAUUGCCUCCAAUGGGCUUUGUGGACACUGUAAAUUAGCCAUUAGCCAUGUAAAAAGCACAGAACAUUCUUUUUACACAGCUUGCUCUCCCCUCCCUCGUUGCAACAGUGCCCUCUGUAAUGCCUCAUCAACUGUUCUGCCCUGCUGUCCCACAGUUGUGAGGAGGAAGUUUUUUGCAGGAAGUACAGUCUGGCAUGGGGGGGUGGGGGGGGCUUUGCUACUCUGUUCUUGGCAUCUACCCAAUCUUAGAAUGAGAGGAGACCUGCCUUUGCUCCUGGUAACUGAGGUCAGAUGGGGAAGAAAAUUAAAAUUCCUAUUUGUCUAAUGUUAAA